AAACACGCGCGAGAGGAUUGAAGAUGUCAAAAGCUUGACCUAACAGGAAACUCCAUGGAAAUGAGAAACAACAACCAACCUUCCUCUCAUAUAUGUUUCGUCAACCUUAAUCAUUCACAAAUUUACAGCUCUCUUUCAUAUCAAUCUCCCUCUGUCUCUCUCUAUAAAUAUAGUUGUUCCGGUCGGAGCAUUAUUCCACAACCAACCGUACGUUAAUCCAAGCCAUCUUUAGCUAGCUACCUCGAUCGAUCAUUUGAAUCACCAUUGUAAGGGACAAUUAUCAAAACAUGUCUCUGAGACCAACUAGAGCAGCGCCAAUAGCAUCCGUAUCAGAUUCAAGCAGCGACACAACCGAACCGGAUGAAGAUAGGCAACCUCUGCAGGUUCAGACUGAUCAGGCUCAGGCUCAACCUUCCAUAUCCCAACGCGCCCUCUCUCAAACUCUAACGAGCACAGCCAACCUAGCCAACCUGCUCCCCACGGGCACCCUCCUGGCCUUCCAACUCCUCAUACCAGUGUUCACCAACAACGGCUCCUGCGACGCCGCCACGCGUCCCAUGACCUUGAUCCUGCUCCUCCUCUUCGCCCUCUCCUGCUUCCUGGCCUCUUUCACCGACAGCGUCAAGGCCUCUAACGGACAGGUGUACUACGGCAUAGCCACUCCCAAGGGCCUCUUUUUGUUCGACUACCCUGCCGCAGCAGGUCUUCCCGAUUUAAGCAAGUACAAGCUGAGAUUCAUGGAUUUGGUUCAUGCCCUUCUGUCCUUCUUGGUGUUUGGUGCUGUGGCUUUCAGGGACAAGAACGUCUUGGGCUGCUUUUAUCCCAUGCCUGCUCACGAAACUCAGGAGGUUUUGGAUAUUGUUCCCGUUGGUAUUGGCCUCCUUUGCAGUUUGCUCUUUGUCGUCUUCCCCACCACAAGACAUGGCAUUGGCUACCCACUCUCACCUGGCAAAUCCUAAUUUUCUUCCAUAUAUAUAUAUUUUUUAAUAGAAUUUCGUGUUUACCCUAAUUUUCUUUCCAUUUGUGUUUACCCUCUGCAUGUUUCGCGUGCAAGGCUUGUUUAACUAUUUCUUAGCCAGGUCAAUGAGUUUAGGUAGUGGAACAAGUGUGCACGUAACAUACAUGUGGAAUUGAAUUGUCUGCCUCGGCAGCUGAAUAAAUUAAUUACGUACAUUAUUAUCUUUUCA